AUUAAUAAAAAACCAGUCUCCCAAUUCCACGUUUCAUAAACCAUACCCUCACACACCAGAUUAAUUUUCUUCUCUCUCUUUAAACUCUCGAACGCACAGUCAAAUCUGCUGAAUCGCCAUUACCCAGAAAUAAAGCUUUCAUUUUUGCUGCAAAUAUGGCACCCCUGAGGGGCAUUCUCAAUCUUCAAAGAAUAGGGAAAAUUCAGCGCCACUGUGACAUCUGGGGUGCUGGCUAUAGCAGAUUGUUCAGCACCCAGGCUGCUUCAACGUCCAGUACCCCUCAGCCUCCACCCCCUCCACCUCCAGAGAGAACUCAUUUUGGUGGCCUGAAAGACGAGGAUCGUAUUUUCACUAAUUUAUAUGGAUUGCAUAGUCCCUUUCUUGAAGGUGCUAUGAAACGUGGUGACUGGCAUAGAACAAAGGACUUGGUUGUGAAGGGUGCUGACUGGAUUGUCAAUGAAAUGAAGAAGUCUGGUCUCCGUGGACGUGGUGGUGCUGGUUUUCCAUCAGGUCUCAAGUGGUCGUUCAUGCCAAAAGUAUCUGAUGGUCGUCCGUCAUACCUUGUUGUCAAUGCAGAUGAAAGUGAACCUGGAACCUGCAAGGACAGAGAAAUUAUGAGGCAUGAUCCUCACAAACUGCUCGAGGGAUGCCUAAUUGCGGGGGUAGGAAUGAGGGCCAGCGCUGCUUACAUAUAUAUUAGAGGUGAAUAUGUGAAUGAACGUUUGAAUCUGCAGAAGGCAAGAGAAGAAGCUUAUAAAGCUGGGCUCUUGGGGAAAAACGCAUGUGGAUCUGGCUAUGACUUUGAUGUUUAUAUCCAUUAUGGUGCUGGUGCCUAUAUAUGUGGUGAAGAGACUGCACUUUUGGAAAGUCUUGAAGGCAAGCAAGGAAAACCGAGAUUGAAGCCUCCUUUCCCAGCUAAUUCCGGACUCUAUGGAUGUCCUACAACUGUCACAAAUGUGGAAACAGUUGCUGUAUCCCCCACCAUUUUAAGGCGUGGCCCCGAAUGGUUUGCUAGUUUUGGCAGGAAGAACAAUGCAGGGACAAAACUAUUCUGCAUUUCAGGUCAUGUCAACAAGCCUUGCACAGUUGAAGAGGAAAUGAGCAUCUCGUUGAAGGAAUUGAUUGAGAGGCACUGUGGUGGAGUGCGAGGUGGAUGGGACAAUUUACUUGCAGUGAUUCCCGGGGGUUCCUCGGUUCCUUUGCUUCCCAAACCCAUAUGUGAUGAUGUGCUGAUGGAUUUUGAUGCUCUUAAGGCUGUUCAAUCUGGUUUGGGGACUGCUGCUGUAAUUGUGAUGGAUAAAUCAACUGAUGUUGUAGAUGCCAUCGCAAGGUUAUCUUAUUUCUACAAGCACGAGAGUUGUGGUCAAUGUACUCCAUGUAGGGAAGGAACAGGGUGGCUGUGGAUGAUUAUGGAGAGGAUGAAAGUUGGAAAUGCAAAGUUGGAGGAGAUUGAUAUGCUUCAAGAAUUAACAAAGCAGAUUGAGGGGCAUACCAUUUGUGCUUUGGGUGAUGCUGCUGCAUGGCCUGUACAGGGUCUGAUUAGGCAUUUCCGUCCAGAGUUAGAGAGAAGGAUCAAAGAGCAUGCAGCCAAGGAGUUGCUCGAGGCUGAAAGAAGAGGUCUGCUUGAGGCUGCUGCUUAGAUCGUCUUAUGCAGGAGAUCUUUGGUUCUUGGAUAAUUGUUGAAAUAAGAGACUGUAAGGGAUUUCCUUCUAAGUACAAGUCAGGAGGUAGCUCAAGUACAUGUAUGUUCCAGUUAUUUGUUUCUCCAUAUAUACUUUUUGAAUAUGUGUCUGGACGGACACACAAAAUUUAUGUUCGUGUUUAUGUAUUUCUGGUGUAAGGCACUAUGCUUUUAGAAGCCUUGUUUUUCGACCAUGUCAUUGUUUAUCAGAUCCAUCUUCCUAAAACUUGUUGUGUGCAGUUGGUCUUAAAGGUUUUGAAAAACCUCGAAUGGCCUACUAGGAUCUCCAAGUUACUUUGUACUGGAUGUUUAAACUGUAAUAUGAUACUGAUUCAGAAUUA